GACAGCUAUGUGGGCCACUAAUGUUGGGAAUGAGUAUGGUCAAGUAAUUAUGUCCGUCCUUACAACUGGUGAAGGCUUUGGACUAAGUCCAAUGAUUCGUGGCUUGAUCAGGCGUUACAAAGAGGCAGAAGUUCCACCCCCUCAUCUCCUCUAUGUUGACAGAGAUUGCUGUGGGAACAAUCAACUGAGAAGAAUGUUUUCUGACUGGCCGGAGCUGUCGAUACGAUUGGACAUCUGGCACUUCAUGAGACGUCUGUCUGUUGGCUGCACAACAGAUGCCCAUGCACUGUAUGCCACUUUUAUGUCUCGGCUCAGCCAGUGCAUAUACAUGUGGGAUCCUGAAGAUGUAGAAGCUUUGGUAGCUGCAAAGAAGUCUGAGUUGGAAGCCAUGCAUGUGGAAAACCAGACGGAUGAUGAUGUUUUUCGCCACAUAAAGACCAGUGAAUUGGCCAUGCACUGUAGGAGAACAACUCGAGGUGUUGAGGAGACCACCCGCCUCAUCUCCCAGUUGAUCCAGUCUCUAGAUGGUGACAAAGGGCGAGACACCCAAGGAGUGCCCCUUAUCAACAGUGAGCGGAUGGCAGAGAUCUGGAAACAGCAGCAGAAGCAUGUGCAAUGUAUCCAGGAUCCUCCAAAUGUCCAGUUAUACACUCAAACUGGUGUAAGCAAGAAAGGAGGAGGCCCCCUUCCUGUAUAUCGUUGUGCGAGGGGAUCAACAUCUUUGGAAUGUUUCCAUCUGCACUUGGCUAGGUUCAUCCCAGGUACGCUUGCAAAUGCCACCCUGUUUCAAGCAUAUCUGUUAGAUGGCCUUAACAGGUGGAAUCAAGACAGAGGAUCAGCUGCCACCACCACUUCAUCUUCUGAACCGCAAACGUACAGUGGUCUUCUCCGCCAUACUGCAAACUCACUUGGAGAAACGGUCUUUGGAAAAAAGAUGGUUCCAUCAUAUACUGCCCCUCACAAAUAUACUGGUGAACUCCUUGGAGUAGAAUAUCUCUACAGCCAGACAGGGAAGGUGCUGCAAGAUAUUGACCAUGAUGAUGCGGAGGAAGAGGUAGAGAAGAAGCAGGAGGAGGAAGUAGAGGAAGAAGAGGACGACGAAGGAUUUGGGGAUGCUGAGGAUUUCAUUGAUUUCACGAUUCCACCUUUAGAAGUCCCUCCCCCAUCUUCUACGGAGCAGCACUCCUCACCCUCAGUGACAGUCCAGAGGCAGCCAAAACCUAUCCAGUCAUCUUCUAUGGAGCAGCACUCCUCACCCUCAGUGACAGUCCAGAGGCAGCCAAAACCUAUCCAGCCAUCGUCUACGGAGCAGCACUCCUCACCCUCAGUGACAGUCCAGAGGCAGCCAAAACCUAUCCUGCACAUACCUACGGUAGAGGAAUAUCGACAAGCUGCUGUGUCAGGUCUACUGGAAAGUUCUGUCCCCAGCUCACCUCAUUCUAUUCAAAAGGAAGACCAGAGGGAGAUCACUGAAACUGACGACGUAGCUCAAGUAUUCCGAUUAGAAAGAGCAGACGCAUCAAUAGGUACAGUACAUUUUUAG